UGACAUUCUGUGCUAGGGGUGGCGCGCAGUGCAAGUUGUUAGGAGGGGAUCAACCACAUGAGAGUAAAUGUUAACUGUUGUCCACAACAAUUCCUUAAUGAAGUCGCGGGCGGUAUUUAAAUAAACAUUUUAGCGAAUUAUAAAAAUAGAAUUAUAUAUACUAAUUCAAAUCAGCAUAAACUAUUGUAAAUCAUCAAUUGACUGGCACUUCUUCUUUUCUUCAUUCAAAGAACAGGCGGAUUUUAAAAGGUAAAAAUGCAAAAACAACACUCAAUUAAAGUGCCCCAAUUGUAUAAAAUAACUUCCAACAUAUAUAAAAAAGUGAAAGAUGAAGGUGCCAGCCUUAAAAACCUCGUGUACGACGCGAAUCAUCCGAAUAAAAAGGCAAUUUACGCGUUAGUCCUCACAACUAUUCAGAGAGACACACAAAUUGAUUUUUUAAUGAAAAAAGCCCAAUUUCUCACAAAAGAACCAGGAAUCCAGGUGCCGCUUGCCAAAGUUCUUAUUGCAGAACUUCUCUGGGGCAAAAAACGCCUUGCAUCUGAAUGUAGACCUGUGAAAACAGUACUGGCAUAUGAGCAGAUAUUUCAGGCCCAUUCCUCUGACAUAAAAGAUGGUUUUCAGGAGCCUCUGAUUCAAAAAGUGUGUAAGCCCCGUUUUGUGCGAGUUAACACCUUGAAACUGGCCGUAAAUGAAGCUGUUGACGCGUUUCGUGAUGAAGGUUGGAUUUUGAGACGUUAUAUGGGUGAUAACUAUCAGGAAUUUCUAGAGCAAGUUAAUAACUUGUCGGAAUCCGAGUUUAUGGUCGAUUUACAUGUCGAUGAUUUGUUGAUUUUUCCGCCACGCACACAAUUCUAUAAACAUGUCGCUUAUAAAUGCGGAGAGAUUAUUUUACAAGACAAAGCUAGUUGCUUGCCUGUCACAUUAUUAAAUCCACCUCCAGGAGCACUAGUGUUAGAUAUGUGUGCAGCUCCAGGUAUGAAGACUACUCAACUAGCAGCACUUGUACAAAAUUCUGGUAAGGUAUUCGCGGUUGAAAAAGAUGCAAAGCGCAUGGAAACUCUGCGUGCGAUGGUGGAAUCUUCAGGUGCAACUUGUGUGGAGACUGUUUUCAAAGAUGUACUCACUGUGGACGGAACUGUACUUCCAGAUGUUGAGUACAUUUUAGUAGAUCCAUCUUGCUCUGGUUCAGGAAUAACGGAUCGUUUUGAAAUUGAAAAUGUUUCAACUCCGGCCGAUCGCAUUAAUAAAUUGUCAGGUUUUCAAAUAAUGGCAUUAAAACAUGCCAUGCGCGCUUUUCCGAAGGUGAAACGCAUUGUAUAUUCUACGUGUUCAAUUUUACCUGAAGAGAAUGAAGCUGUUGUCCAGGAUGUUAUUAGGUGUAAUUCUAAUUUUAAAUUGGUUAAUGCUAAAGAAUUGCUUAAGUCUUGGGACAAUUUUGGCUCGGACGCGUAUGAAGUGGGAAAAUAUUGUAUUUACUCUCGCCCUGAAUAUGAUUUAACAAAUGGAUUUUUUGUUGCGGUUUUUGAACGACUUCAAGAUGGUGAAUCGAAUGAAUUUUUGAAAAAAGAUGUUAAUUCUGAAGAUAUUAAACAGUCAAAAAAGAAAAAGAAAUCACAAAUCAAUCAAAAUAAUAAUUAUGAGCAUGAUCAAUCUAUAGAAUUAUGUGAUUCUGAAAAAACUACUGAUAUUUUGCAUAAUGAAGAACAAGAUUGUGAUAAUUCUAUUAAAAAAUCUAAGAAAAAGAAAAAAAUGAAAUCUGAUACAGAUGUAGAUCAAACACAAUGCAAUAUAGAGAAUGUUGAACAGGAUUUGGAUAAAAAGACCAAAAAAGAAGAAAAGGAAACAAACAGAAAUUGAAGACAUGCAAGGCCAAAACAAAAUAGAUGAACAUGAAAGUACUUCUCCUGAAAAAAAGAAAAAGAAGAAGAAGAAUGAAAAACUUGAUGAAGAAUCAACAGUUUUGGAUUCCACAACAACUAAAAAGAAGAAAUCAAAGAAAAACAGAGAUGAGAGUUAAUUUCAUGAACAUUAUAAUCUUGACAGAUAAAUAUUUUUUCAACAUGA